CGGCCCGCUUCCGGCGCAGCUACGGGUCGGCGCACGCGGCCUCGGUCCGGUUGACUUUGCGUAGCCAUGGAGGGCGGCUUCGCCCGAUUUCGGGGCUCCAGUGGAAAGCUGGACCCAGGGCUCAUAAUGGAGCAGGUGAAGGUGCAGAUCGCCGUGGCCAACGCGCAGGAGCUGCUGCAGAGGAUGACGGACAAGUGUUUCCGGAAGUGUAUCGGGAAACCUGGGGGCUCCUGA